UGUCUCCCAGAUUACACCGCGCUCUCUUCCUCCCUUGCACAUAACAAGACGAAGCGCCGCACGCCGCUCCGUCCCAUCCCACCAGCCACCGGCGCCUCGGGCCUCGGCCGCGCACCGCCCAAGAGUUCGUCCGUCCCGGCGGGACUGUUGGAUCGAUGGCCGCCAUGAAGGUCGUGCUCAAGCUGGACCUGCACGACGACAAGCAGAAGCAGAAGGCCAUCAAGGUCGUCUCCACUCUCCACGGCAUCGACCAGAUCGCCGUGGACACCAAGGACGACAAGAUGACGGUGGUCGGCACCGUCGACCCCGUCCACGUCGUCGGCAAGCUGCGCAGCAAGCUCUUCCGCACGGCACAGAUCGUCUCCGUCGGCCCGGCCAAGGACGAGAAGAAGGACGGCGCCGCUAAGAAGGAACCCAUCCCUGUGUACGCGCCGUGGUACCCGCCGCCGCCGUACCACUACCACCCGCACCCGUACUAUCACAACCACAGCGCCGAGGAGGAUCCCAGCUCCUGCGUCAUCUGCUGAUCGAGUUGCACAUUUCGUAGCCGGCCCGCCGAUCGAUCAGCGUUCCUUCGCCGGUGAUCGACGGCGUGCGGCAUGUACCUGGCCGUGUAAGGCGUGUACGUUGCGCCGGUGAUCCGGCAGCCGUGCAUCUGCUUAAUUUGUAACGUGUAGAUACUACAGAAUUACAGUAUAUUGUUCAGAAAAAAUAUAUCAUCAAAUUGUUAAAAGACAAGGUGUGGAGAAGGACCA